AUGUCCAACCCUCGCGUCGAUCCUCAUCCCGACAAGUGGCUCUCUGCACCAAAGGCUCCCAAGUCUGCGACGCAGAGGCCUCUUGUUAGCAGCUCGUUUCGAGUGCACGUAGGCAUCGCGACGCCUCCCACAACGACGCGCAAGAGUGCCAACAACUCCGCCACCUUCGCAUCCGGCUCAACAUCGCGCAAGCGUCCAGUCUCAGAGGUGACGCCAACAGCGCCACUUGCGGAUCGUAAUAUCCAGUCAUACUUGACGCCGCCGACGUCGAAUACCCAACCUGUCAAGAGGCUGCACACGUCGUCAAAGCUCAAGAACGCCUCGCACCUCCAUCAGAGCCCGACGCGUCGAAGUCCCAGAUUACAGCGCAAUCGCGAAUGUGACAGGGAAGAUGGGAUCCGGGAACGAUCUGUGAUGUUAGAGGCUUGGAGGGCGUCGGUGCCACCACCCGCUUUGUCACCGGUGAAGAGGUUGCGAGAGGUCGCGUCACCCAGCCCUGCUCCCAGCUUCGAAAUCAUUGAACCCCCUGCCUCCCUCGGGCCGGCACAUGUCCCAUCAUCUGCCAUCGACAUCGACAAGAGGUUAUCCGGGAAGGAUAGCAGGCCGCAGACCGUCUUGCCGUCGCGGGUGGAGACAGGGAGGGACAGUGAAGCGGCUCGUGCUGGGCGCGAAUCGGCCCGUUAUGAGACCGAGGCCCAGCGCGUGACACAGCGCGACGCCAUCCGUGAACGCAAGCGCGUACGCCUCGGACCCGAAGAGGGCGUCGACGAGAACACGCGCGGACGGGUUGUUGACACGAAGCAUCGGAGAGCGCUUGGGGACUUCAAGUCCGUUGCGCACCACUCUUCCGAGCGCUCGUCGUCGCCCAGGUCCUCAUCUCCCAGUGAACGUACUCCCCUCGCAUCCAAGAACGCGAACGCUCUGCGUAGAUACUCUUCGGCAGUCGUGGAGUCAGUGUGCGCCAGAGACUCGAAGUGGCCUAAACGGCAGCCCGCACCUCGCACGCCCAUCAUUCCAUCCGCGUUCCCUACCCGCUCCCAAGUCAUCCCCUCCGCCUUCCCUGCUCGACUACGUAAAGCGCCAGUUGAGUCCUCCCAGCCUUCCUUCUCAACCAAACCCACUCCCGCAUCGACGACUCCUCCGAAGUCGCGCAUCGCGCACCACCAUGUAACUCCUCCGAAGUCGCGCACACCGCAGAGGAGGGACCAGCUGGAAACCCUGUUUGACUUCCCUCCCGCGCCGCCCCGCCAGCCCGUGUUCAAACCCGUCUCGCCCAAGCCGAUCAGCGACUGGCGUCCUGUCGAGAUGCAGGCGGAGACUCUCAUGACCUGGAGCAUGGGUGGUGGAGCGAUGACACUUGGCCCAGGGCCCCAGUCAAGCUCUCCAAUACUGGACGGGGGACAGCCAGACGAUCUACCAGCUCCUGUUGACGAAGACGACGACGUGAUACCCGAGACCGUCCCAUCACAGUUCUUCCCGAAUCUCGUUGGCACAUCGUCAUCACCGGCCAGACCACCACAGGAAUCACACCUUCUCUCCUCCCCGCCGGACCCCAUCGAUGCAUUUAAUGCCAUUGACGAACCUGGCACUCCAGGUGACCAUGAUGAAUGCACACCUGAAGAACCUUCUUCGCCGUCACCACGCCGGACGCGUGGAGGAAUGCAUCCGCCGUCAAGCCCGCCCCGCAUUCCUGCGUCGCCAUCGAAGUCGCCCACGAAGCCGCUCGUGCGGCAUUCAAAGCAGGACAUGGCAAAGCGCCGGAGGGUCAUGGACCACGCACUUUUCUCGUCCCUCUCUGAAGCUUCCCAGGCGAAACCAGGGCCGCGCGUCCCAUCCUUCCCCCGCCCAACGCAGAACCGGAAGACUCCUCCGCUGUCCAAGUCGCAGAGCCGCAAGACGGGCCCAAUGCGCAAGCCGCAAGCGAAGAAGUCUGCGUCGUCCUCCAAGUCGCAGAGCAAGCUUGAGGCGUUCGGUUACUCGAGGUCCAGUGCUCGGGGUACGCGCGAGUUCGAUGUCUCCUUCUCCGACGAGGAGGACCUGGACUUUGGAGACGCGGACGAGCGCGACUCGAGCCCUGCCGCUGGUCGGUCGGACUUGGGCGCGGUGCCUUUUGCUCCGCCACACCCCUCUCUCCGGCCCAUGGGCGUCCGCGAGCAAGCAAAGCGCGAGUCGGCUGCCAUGGAGCGGCAUCAGGCGCAACGCGGGUCGCUGAGCAGCAGCGACUGGUCAUCGCCCCUCCCAAUGAUCUCGUCUGCCGUAACGGACGAUAGCAGUAGUCAGUCGGACGAGAGGCUCGAUGCGCAGGUCAGCGAGUCGACGCGCGCGUGGUGGGAUGGCCUGGAGCAUGAUAAGAGCUCUGAUAUGUAG